AUAAGAAAAAUCUUUUUAAGGAUUUUCCAAUCCAAACGUCCUGUUAAGGUAUUUCAGUCAUUGGACUUUCAGAACCGCCGACAUGACAGAAAUAUGACCGUUGAGACCUGCGGCACCAAGCGUUUUCAAAAUCAUUAUUCUAUUCAAAAAAGCAAUAAAAUUCCCAAGCACCGAUUGGAAUCAGAUACCAAGUAAAAGGUUUCACUUUCACACAACGAAAGCGACAACCUUUCCCAUACAGGAAAACUCUCUCGCUCUCUCUCUCUCUCUCUCGCUCUCUCUCUCACAUACAAAGAAACCCAAAAAGAGAAGAAGAAGGAGGAGAAGAGGUGGGUUCAUUGGUGGAUUAAUGGAAAAGUUUGGAGCGGAGGAGACAGCAAAGGAGAUCAUAACAACGGAGGUGGUUCAGCAAGAAGAGGCGCAUCCCUACGCUUUCCAUGUCUCUGGACCUCGCAAUGUGUCCUCUCCUAAUUGGAGAGAUCUCAUCAGUUCUAGUUGGAAGGAUACGAAUUACAAAAGAACUGUAAUUGCUUGUUUCAUACAAGCGGUUUACUUGCUUGAACUUGAUAGACAAGAGAACAGAACUGAAGAAAAUGCUCUUGCUCCAAAGUGGUGGCUGCCUUUCAAGUACAAGCUAGCACAAACCUUAAUUGAUGAAAGAGAUGGAUCCAUCUUUGGUGCAAUAUUAGAAUGGGAUAGAUCUGCAGCAUUGGCUGACUUAGUACUUAUGAGACCUAGUGGUGCUCCAAGGGCUGUUUUGGUACUUAGAGGAACAUUGCUUAAAAGCCCAACAAUCCGAAGGGACAUUGAAGACGACCUCCGGUUUCUGGCUUGGGAGAGCUUGAAGGGCUCUGUCAGGUUUAAAGUAGCUUUGGAGGCACUGCAAUCGGUUGCUGAUAGGUAUGGAAGCAGCAAUGUAUGUAUUGCAGGGCAUUCCUUGGGGGCUGGGUUUGCUCUCCAAGUGGGAAAAGCAUUAGCCAAAGAAGGGAUAUAUGUGGAAACCCAUUUAUUCAAUCCACCUUCUGUUUCACUAGCUAUGAGCUUCAGAAACUUUGGAGAAAAGGCUGGAUUUGUUUGGAAGAGAUUUAAAUCAAUGCUUCCUACAAGUAGUGAAACUCCGGUUAGCAGCGAUGAGGCCGAAAAGGCUUUCGGUGUAGGAUUGAAGAAUUGGGUACCUCAAUUAUAUGGAUUGAAGAAUUCUGGUGUGGGGUUGGGAAAAUGGGUACCUCAUUUGUAUGUAAACAAUAGUGACUACAUCUGUUGCUCUUACACUGACCCUGAUGGCACAGAAGGAAACAAUGCCGGCAAGGAGAAUACUGGCCCUACAACUGGGGGCCAAGUUGCAGCAAAGCUGUUUGUGAAGUCCAAGGGGAGCCAGAAGUUUCUUGAGGCUCAUGGGUUAGAGCAAUGGUGGUCUGACGACUUGGAACUUCAACUGGCUGUCCAUAAUAGCAAGCUUAUAAGCAGGCAGCUGAAAUCCUUGUACACCUUUCCAGCAUCACAGCAACCACAGGGAAACCCUCGAUAGUUAGGGGUGGCCACUAUCAUUUGCUAGAGAGAAAUGCUACAUAUACUCUCAAGUGCUAUUCUUUCUUUGAUGUGGUAAUGAAAUUCACCAUUUGAUUUUGGACGAGUUAAUCUGUAUAUGAUAUAUCAAUGGUGAUUCACUGUCACAUCAGAAAGUAAACAUUUUCAUUUCGACAAAUAACUCAUUUUCAAUUCGGAAAACUACGUUCGGGUGUGUGAACUUUGUUUGUCCUGAUUUACUUUUCACAUUGGCUUUUAUUGUUCCUCUGUGUUGACCAAAAAUGUUUACUGUCUC